UUCAUCUGGAACUUCAUUAGCAACUUCGUGAACACAUAUUCACUGUCAUAAAUCGUAUGUAACUGGACAAAGUGAACAUGCUUUCUAAAUGUUUCUAGAUGCAGGUGUUUCUGUGUGUCGAGACACCUUAAGACCAAAUCCGAAUUCCUGGCUAGUAAUUUCCCCUGGUUCCAAUUUCUCUGUUCUAACUCCAGUUACAUUUAAAGCUACCUGUAACCCAUCAUCUAAAAUCGCGCAGCAACUUGUUUCGUUGACAGAUAUUCCUGGGUGAAGUAUAUUGAAUCACAGGCGCACAAGCGUCAAAAGAACUGGGAAUAUACUUGGAAGACUAUAGUUGGUGAAAUGUAGGAGUAAGUAUGAUUAUUGUAAUGCUUCAGAAUAUCUUUCACCGCAUUUAGGAAACAUCCUGCAGUGUGGCGUGUAAGACCUCGUAGCUUAUUUAUUUUUUCUGUGAACUCACCGUGAAAAAUAAUGCGAUUACUUACAAUAGUUCUUACUGCAUUACUCCUAGUACUGAAACAACAUAGUUUAAUAUUAGCAGGAAGUCUAUCAUCUCCAAGUUAACCAAGAAAACGGGACACUUCAGAUGCUCCAUACAAAUGUCUGUUUGUAACUACCUCCCAGAACUUACAUUACUGCUUAUCAGCCUAGACGUCAUUUUCAACUGCUGUUCCAAAUUCUACCCCCAGAAGUUCAUAUCGGUCAAUAAAAGUUGGCUGACUAACCGUUAUGCAUUAGAUGUCUCUUGCUACUUAUUGUGUGAGACUAUGCGGCUACCAAAUCACAUAAGUUUCACUGUUUUUACUCUUAGAUUUUCCUGAAUGUUCUUUAUUAAGGGAUGUAAUAAUUUACAUGUGAUUAUUUAGGUACCUCUUGAGAUGUCAUUCGAAAACAAUUAUCCAGGAGCUGCCAGUCUUAUCCAGGAUAUUGGAAAAAAAAUGGCAGUUACACUUCGUGGAGGUCGUAUGUUCAUCGGAUUUCUUCGAAUAAUCGAUCAGUUCGGUAACGUUGUUCUCCAUAACGCUGUGGAACGCAUUCAUGUUGAAAAAAAGUUCUGCGAUAUUCCUCAAGGUAUACUCCUGAUAAGGGGUGAGAACAUCAUUAUUAUUGGAGAACUGAAUCCAGAUGUGAAUAUCGAUGAGAAGUUGGAAAGGGUUUCAGAAGAAGAAAUUUACAAGCUUCAGCAAGAACAAACAGCUGCCCGCAAAGAGCUAGCAAAAAAGCGAGCUGAAUUAUUCGCUUUACGUGGAUUAGGUUUUCCUGACUGCGCAGAUAUAAUGUUUGAUGACGCAUAG